AAUCUAGUUUCUUAAAAUACACAACCCCCUUAACAACUUGUUAGUUUCUCUCUCUUUCCUCUCUCUCGCCUCCGCAGAAGCCGAAAGUCCAUUUGGUUAAAGCUAUUUGUCAGUUAUCUUCUGCUUGCUGUUACAAGCUUGGUUCAGUAUUUUUGUUUUCCUUCUAUUGAAGAAAAAGAAAAAGAGAGUAUUCAUAUCGCUUUUGAUUACCUUUCUCCGGAGGUUUUCCUAUUAUAUAGAUUUGGUGAUGGCGCUAUUUUGGUGUUUGUGAAGGUUUUUCAGUUUUCUUUAAUCUUCACGAAGGCACAUCAUCAAGUACGUAAAAUGUGUUUAUCCUUUUGGUGAUCCUGAUCGGUCUUCUGAUAAAAAUCGCGGAAAGUUGCUGUGAUUGUACGGUUGAAAGGAUUUCUAGGUGGUGUAGAGCAGCAAAAGAGGGGUGGUGAUCGAAGCGUGCGGGUUGAAACUUUUUGUGCGUGUGUGAGAGAGAGAGAGAGAGGUUUCGGUUUUCACGUGAGGAUUGUGAAAAAAUGCCGCAUAGAACGACUUACUUCUUUCCGCGGCAAUUUCCUGACCGCGGAUUCGAUGCAUCUGCAAAGUUUGUUAAUGAUCACGAGAAGAAGACUAGUAGCAGUGACGUUGAAGAUCGAAAAUCUUCUUCAAAGGAAAGUGAAGUCGAUGUCACAUCGAAACAACAGCUCAUAAGUGAUCAUGUGAAAGAGACUAAUAACAAUAGGAUUCACGGGAAGCAAUUGGCAGCUUUUGUGAACUGGUUGGCUGAGAAAAAUAAGAAAGGGAAAUCAAUACAGAAUCACGUGAAGAUUAAACUGGACGGCGGGGAUGCAGAUACAGCUGAGGAAAAUGAACUUUUGCUACCUGUUCCACCUGAAGCUGUACCUAUACAUGAGCUGGUUGACUGCCACGUGGUACCACCGGAGCAGAAACAACAGGGGACGGGGACGGGGACGACAUUUGAUCGGAAAGCUUCACUGCAGAGGUUAUCGAGUUCUGGAAGCAAUUACAGUAAGCAGUUCGAGAGGCAAACUUCGUUGCAAAGGCUUUCGAGUUGGGGAAGUACUAGUUAUGCGGGGAGUUUGUUUUCGGGAACGACAGUGGAUGGGAACUGGCCGAGUACUGGAGUUAAGGACACGCAGACGUCGACGACAAGAGAGGAAGUGGAGGAGGAAGUGGUGGUGCAGGAGGCAGAGGUGGAGAGAGUUGUUGAUAGCGAGGAUACAUUGAUGCAGAAGUCGAAGGAGAGCUAUUAUUUGCAGCUUGCGCUCGCGAAAAAGCUUGUACAGCAAGCAAUGCUUGCUUGUGGAGAGCCUAUACUUCUGCAGGAGUGUAAAAGUAUCAAGGGCCUUGGUGGAUCUUCUGAUGCUCAAACUGUGUCUUAUCGUUUAUGGGUGAGUGGUUCAUUGUCUUAUGCUGAUAAGAUAUCGGAUGGAUUUUACAACAUAUUAGGAAUGAAUCCAUAUUUGUGGGUUAUGUGUAAUGACACAGACGAUGGUAAACAAAUACCAUCUCUAAUGGCAUUAAAAGGAAUUGAACCCAGUGACACAUCAAUGGAGGUUGUUCUUAUUGAUAGGCGCGGAGAUUCAAGGCUCAGGGAAUUAGAAGAUAAAGCUCAAGAAAUUUAUUUUUCCGCUGAGAAUACAUUAGUCUUGGCAGAAAAACUUGGCAAGCUUGUGGCUGUCUAUAUGGGGGGCUCUUUUCCCGUGGAGCAAGGUGAUCUUCAUCAGCGGUGGAAAGUUGUUAGCAAGAGAUUAAAAGAUCUGCAGAAGUGCAUUGUGCUACCAAUUGGCAGUUUCUCCACUGGACUUUGCAGGCAUAGAGCUAUUCUCUUCAAGAAAUUGGCGGAUUACGUAGGUUUGCCUUGUAGGAUAGCUCGAGGUUGCAAGUAUUGUGCCGCUGAUCACCGGUCUUCUUGUCUAGUGAUAAUUGAGGAUGACAGAAGAUUGUCGAGGGAAUUUGUGGUUGAUCUUGUUGGGGAUCCGGGAAACAUACAUGGUCCAGACUCUUCUAUCAAUGGAGGUGUAUUGUCUCCCGUGCCUUCACCUCUUCAAAUAUCUCAUUUGACAGAGUUUCAACAACCAUGUGUGGAUAGUGACAUAAGUAACCAGUUACUGCAUCCAAAUGACACAUUUGCUCCUCCAGAAAAUGCUCUGCAUACAGGUCCCCAUGUUGAGAGUAAACAUAUGGAGGAUAUUGUUGUCAGUGAUAAGCCAAAAUUUCCAAAUGAUCCGCUACACCAACCUUAUCAAGGUUUGGAAGUUCAACCCUGUGAAGUUCUUGUUGCUGCUGAAACAGCAGGAGAUGAGGCUAGACCUAGAGAAGACAAAAUUAUUAUCAGGCAGACUUACAGGAAGGAGGUUGUUCUGUCCAAAAACUCACCAUUGCAACCUGGCAGACCUCCAAAAGCAACUUUAAUAGGUAAAAUGGAUGUAAUGGAGCUUGGAGGUAGAACAGGACACCGUGAGAAAUAUCCGACAGCAACAAAUCCACGAUAUCUGCAUCUUGAGCCUUCUCUUGCUAUGGACUGGCUUGAGAUCUCAUGGGAUGAAUUGCAUAUAAAAGAGCGCGUUGGCGCUGGUUCAUUUGGAACAGUACAUCGUGCUGAAUGGCAUGGAUCGGAUGUUGCAGUCAAGCUGCUAACUGUCCAGGAUUUUCAUGAUGAUCAGUUGAAGGAAUUUCUAAGGGAGGUUGCAAUUAUGAAACGUGUCCGUCAUCCAAAUGUGGUGUUGUUCAUGGGGGCUGUUACCAAACGGCCUCAUCUAUCAAUAGUGACUGAAUAUUUGCCUAGAGGAAGCCUCUACCGUCUGAUACACAGGCCAGCUGCUGGGGAAUUGUUGGACCAGAGGAGACGUAUCCGUAUGGCUUUGGAUGUGGCCAAGGGUAUCAAUUAUCUGCAUUGUCUCAGCCCACCCAUUGUGCAUUGGGAUCUGAAAUCUCCUAACCUGUUGGUCGAUAAAAAUUGGAAUGUAAAGGUGUGUGAUUUUGGUCUUUCAAGAUUCAAAGCUAAUACGUUCAUAUCAUCAAAAUCAGUUGCUGGAACGCCCGAAUGGAUGGCCCCCGAAUUUCUUCGUGGGGAGCCUUCAAAUGAGAAGUCAGAUGUCUAUAGCUUUGGUGUAAUAUUAUGGGAGCUCGUGACCAUGCAACAACCUUGGAAUGGACUGAGCCCUGCACAGGUAGUUGGUGCUGUUGCUUUCCAGAAUAGGAGGCUCACUAUUCCACAGAACACUUCUCCAAUGUUAGCAUCUCUAAUGGAAGACUGCUGGAAUGAUGACCCAGUACAACGCCCAUCCUUUGCUAGCAUUGUGGAUACAUUAAAGAAACUACUGAAGUCUCCACUACAGUUGAUUCAGAUGGGAGGAACAGCAAAGAGUUAGAUACUCUCUCCACUUGUCCUGGAGAACAAUAAAUUCAUCAUAGUUCAAAGAUAUAUAAUUUACUUAAUGCUGACAAAGUCUGGAAAACUUUGCCCAACAACGCCAAAAAUAUGUUGGCUCUCUUUCAACUUUUUGAAUGAUAAACAAGCCUCUGUUAGUAGUUCCUGUUAGGUAGGAGGCAUUUCUAAAGCUGUUUAAUUUCUUGCAAGAACUCUGAUCUUUGUCAGCCAAGUAUACCCUUGCAAAUGUGAAAUAAUUGGAGGCUGAAAUUUUAAUUAUUUAGUAUUUUGGGGAUGGUAUUAUUCCUUGUAGAACUCAAUUAUGUAGUAUCUGGGAAGUAGUCUUGCAAAAGUGUCUUGGCAUUCUAAUUCCUCUACCAUGGUAGCAUAAGUUGUACUGCUACUGCAAUAAUAUAGUAAAGGUUAAAGUUAUUCUUA